UUCCCUUCCCUAAAUAGGCUCAAAGUCAAAGCCAGCUCGUAUCCUGUCCUACUGAAGCCCGCCCACCCCUUCUCCUGCCCCAACACUCCUAGCGUUUCUACCAUGAGUCAAACCACCCCACCUCCUUUCUUCACCUGGGUAUCAAGCAACCUAGCAGCUCAUGGGAUGCCUUCCUGUCCGGACCAGAUGCGCUACCUAGCAGACAACGGCAUUCGCUACCUGGUCUCCCUGACGACUGAGUGUCGCCCCCCUGUGGAGGCCACGCCCAAUGUUACCUGGGUUCCCAUUGGUAUAGAUGAUUACCAUCCCCCCACGCUGGAGCAGGUGGUGGAGUUCAUGAGGGUGAUGGAAGAGGCAGAGGAAAAAAAUGAGGCUGUUUCUGUUCAUUGCUUGCGUGGAAGGGGGAGGACAGGGACCAUGGUGGCCUGCUAUUUCAUCAAGAUGCAGAAAAUGUCCGCCGCUGAGGCCAUAGCAGAAGUGCGCCACCAACGGCCUGGCUCUGUAGAAACGGUGGAGCAAGAGAAUCUUAUACGAGAUUACGAAACAUUCAUCAAUAAACCAAGUAUAUGAAAUUGUACUCAGGUCGACCUUACAUGUAGCACAAAUAUUGAGAGUGAUGUCAAAAGUAGGAUCUUAUAUGAGAUUACGAAACAUCCAUCAAUAAACCAAGUAUAUGAAAUUAUACUCAGGUCAACCUUAAAUGUACAUAGCACAAAUAUUGAGAGUGAUGUCAAAAGUAGUAUGUAAAUGAAAAUGUAUAACAUACAGGGUACAUGAAGUAUGAAAACAUGUAGUUUUUUAAUUUUAAAGUCAUGUACUAUAAGUACUGAUAUUUUGAAUGAAAUUUUAAAGGUGCGUGAAAUAUGUAGAUUUUAAUAUUUUUAAAGUAAUCGUUUGUAACUGUUAAUAUUUUGAAUGAAAUUGUAAAGAUACAAGGUAUAUGUAAUAUAAAAAUAUGUUGAUGUGUGUCUUCCAAAUAUUUGUUUGUCUUUUAAGAUACCAGGUAAUUUUUCAUAGAGAAAUAUAUAUGCAGUCAAAGUGGUGUGUAUUGAGUGUAGAAUGAAUGAGAAGAAAUCAAUUUGUAUAAAUCAUACAACCUGUGGUGAUAGCUCGAGUUUUGGACUUCAACCAAAAAAGAAUUAAUGACAAAUGUUUUCAUUGCAAUACCUUGCAGUAACAGUAUCUACUUCUAUUCUUUAAAAAAAGAAUAUGUGAUUGAUUUAUUUUUUAACAUUAAAGAUUUACAAAUCUUAAGUUUUGCAAACUCUUUGAAAGGCGUUAUGGCACUUGACCUGUGGACAUGUAUGUCUAAUUUCUAGGGUUCUAAACACUAGAAUUCCUGUUCCACAAUUAUUUGAUAUGUUAUUAUUACUGUUAAAUUUUACAGGAUUUAUAAAACCCAUUUAAAAUGUAUUUUAGAAGAAACUUCAGCCAUUUUGAAAGAGUUGAAGGUUAUAUACCUGGCAUUAGUUCUAGUAUAGAUUCAAGCCCAGUUCAGACAUGAAAAUUUUAAUGUGUACCUGUAAUCCUGUAUAAUGUGUAUACAGAUCAUUGAGUACUUGUGGGGACCUGCAGCUGUCAGACUUUUUAUAUAUAAUUUAAUUACCGAUACCUCUUGCCUCCUGGCCUGCCAUUCAUAGAAGACAAUACUGACAUGUAUCAAUGUUGUUUAUUGAAUAGCUAAAGCAUGCAACUUUUUUGUUUUAAUGGGGGGGGGGGG